AUGGAUCCUUUACAUUCGCCGAGGGAGGGCGGCGCGCCGCCGCUGAGAGCCGGCCCCGUGUUGCUUUCGUCUCCUUCUCCCCUCCCUCUUGCUUCGCAGGACGCCCUCGGCUCCUCUUCUACGUAUCGCUCCUCAGCCGGCGGGACAGGCCUCGAAACGAACGUGAGUCUGCUGCGACCAGCGGCGCUGCAUCCUUUGCAAGCGGCUUCUCGUGCACGCGCCGAGAUGCCGGAGAGCGCCGCGGGGGCAGCGAAGGGCGAGAAGACGGUCGUUGCGGGCUCCGGGGCUGUCGACCCCUUCUCUUCUCUGGGGGUCUUCGUGAAGCGUUCCAUCUCUUCUGCAGCCGGCGAAAAGCGGGCGGACGCGGCCCCUGCGAAACGAAGCGAUGCCGUCUCGGGGGGGCGCGUGAAGUCUGGGUCGUCUUCUUCUCUCUCGUCUUCCUUCUCGGCUCUGCGGCGCUCGCCGCCGCCGUCCUCGGCGGCUGGAGGGCCGCCGAGGCUGCCUUCUUUGCGUCCCUUCUCGCAGACUGGCGCGGAGACGCGACAGUCUGCUUCCUCGGCUUCUGCUUCGUCCCCCGCGCCCCCACACGCGGCUGCAGCGCCGCGGCCGCAACUCGUUUUUCCCGCGGCCUUCGCCGCGGUGCCCCCGUCGCUGCCCGCGGGUCUCCAGGCCCGGUGGCGGGUCUGCGUCUACCGGCACGUCUUCCUCGUGUACCCGCACCCGUCGAUUUGGACUGCGUCGGUGCGCGCGGUGCCUCCGCCGAGACCCCCGGCCCCUGCGGCUCCAGCGGUGGGGAGCCCUUCGCGGUCGCGCGGUGGACCGGUGCUGCCCUGUCUCCUGAUUCACCGGCGCAGCGGCGCCCUGGAGCAGCACCUACUGCCGCUGCGGACGGGCUUCCUCCUGCAGCAAGUCGCGCCCCGCUUGGCAGCCGCGGCGCUCGCCAGCGGCGAGCUGGUCGACGAAAGCAUGCAGCCGCCAGAAUCUUUUGGGCACUUUCACCUGGCACUCGACGCCGACGCUCUGCUGGGGACGCUCGCCGUGGGCGGGCGCCGCUACCUGGUGCUGGUAACCGAGGGCGAGCCGGUCGCGGAGUUUGAGGAAGAAGAGCUCCCGCGCCUCGCCUUUUCCACGGCGAAAGGCGACGACGAGUCCGCGCCGCGAGACCCCGAGGCCCGCCGGACCUCCGCAGAGGCGGGCUUCGCGCCCUCGCCGGAGCUCGAGCCCAUUGUUGGAGACGGCCGCUGGACGAGGCGCAUAGUCAAGUCUGUGAAGCGCGCCGUGUGCCUCCCUUACCAUGUGAAGAAUGCGCCCCCCGCGACGGGUUCCACAGCGAGCGCCGCCGCCCAGAAAACCCACCGGCGUCGCGGGGCCCCGGCCGCCGCGACUGCGGUCGUGCGGGGAUUCGCGGCGUCGCUGGAGACCAAAAGGGGACACCCGCGCCGGUCCGAGGGUGGGACGCAGGGGGAGGCCCCGAGGCGCGGCGGCAGUGGGGACGGGGCGAGAGAAGCGAGUUUGGAGAAGGCGUCUGGCGCGGAGCUGGCGCACCGCGGGGGCACGGCAGGCCCGCGAGCGCGUCUGCCGUCUCUUCCGCUCGAUUUGCUGGGCGAAGUCGUGGAGGAGAAGGACGACGGCGGCUCGGGUUCAGACCAUCUCGGGUUCACAGACCUCGAUCGAACGCCGAGAGGCGACACGGGAGGAGGCGAUGCCGCGCGCACAAGUCAUCCGCUUCUCUCCUCCUUUUCCUUCUCAGGAGAGGGCGCAGCAGACGUGGGCAGCGUGCUGCGCUCCUUCACGGGGGUCCGCGGUGGUGCAGACGAGGACGGGCGCGAGACGGCGUCGGGCUUUUCGUCUUCGUCGAGUGUCUCCGCGGCGGGGGUCGCCGGCGCCGGCGCAGAGGCCCCCGCCGACGCGCUGUCCCUCUCCGGCCGCCUCUCAGGCAUCCAGACCCUCGUGAGCGCCGCGGCGGACAGUUUCAUCGAGGGUGCGACAGCCGCGGCGUCAUCCUGGGCUGGCGAGAGCCGAUCCAACGUGACGCAGUGGAUGGAGCAGUUCAGCUUCGCGCCCAGCGCGACAGCGCCCAGCGCCCUCAGCCUGGGCAAGUGGCUGGGCGACGCCUCCAACAGCCUCGCCUGGCCUGCGCUCCGCGGGCCCGAGGGCGACCGCGCCCGCGCCGGCGAGGAAGGCCCUGCCGCGGCCGGGAGCGCGCUCGCGGCGGAGGGGGGCGAGAGUCCGCUCGUGGAGCUCGUCGACGGUGGCGGAGGAGGCGGAGGAGGCGGAGGCGUCCAAGCGGGCGAGGGAAGAGGGCGGGGCGGUGACCUCGUUUCCAGCGGAAGCGCGGGCCCCUUCUCGCUUCCGUCGCUGGGGCUGGGCAAGUCCCUGCGCACUGUCAGCAGCGGGAGCAGCAGCAACUCGGAGAGCCCGAGCAGUCCCAUGCGGCGCGUGGCUGGUGCGCUCAGUUCGGGCCUCGGAUUCGGUUUGGCGGAGCUCGCGGCGGCAGCCAACCAAGUGACGACGGAGUUCAUGAGGAGCCCAGCAGGGCAGAAAGAGGAGGCGGUUGCCGCGGGGGAGCCUGGGUGGUCCACGGCGUUCGACGGCGUUCGAGCCUCGCGAGACUUCCAAGACCGCGCCUCGGCGACCGCGGCCGUAGCCAUCGCCACCGAGGUCGCGACGGCGGGCCCCACGGGCGCCUCCUCUUCCCCCACUUCCAGUCUCCUCGCUGUGUCGGCUGCCGCCAGGACUGAAGAGAGCGCGGCGUCUUCCGCGUUCAGCGAGGUCGACCGCUAUGCGUCAGCGAUUGAGAAGCUGCUCUGCAGCUGCUUCUACUACUCGUACGACUUUGAACUCACGCGCAGACUGCAGAAUCAGCAGGACUGCGGCGUCUACACCCGCCGCCAGCGACUCCCCGGGUACGCGGACUGCGGCCCCGGCGGCCCAGGCAGCGCCGUCGUGUUUGCGCACCUGGGCGAGGACUCCGCAGACGAGGCCGCGGCUGGCGUCGACGCCCAGAACCCCGUGGCGAAGGGAGAGAGAGAGCGGAGCGGCGGAGACGAGCUCGCGAGAAGCGAGGCCGAAGGCGGGAGAGGCGAAGAAGGAAGAAGAGGGGGAGGCGCGCCGUCGACAGACGCCUCGGCGAAGACAGCGGGCGAGGCGCACAAGUGGCAGCUCUACAGCUGGAAGGGCCUCGGCCUGAUCUCCGUCGCCGACGAGAGAUUCACGUGGAACAUGCAACUCUACAGCGAGUGGUUUGCGGCUGGAAUCGACCAGCGGUGGAUGGUGCCUCUGGUGCAAGGCUACAUCAGCUACGUUCGACUCGAGCGAACCGCACCCGCGUCUUCGCUUUCGCGCCUGGCGCCCGCUCGCUAUGGAUCCGCAGGCGCACACCGCCUGUCGUCAUCGUCGUCUGUGUCCUCUGGAGGAGGCGCGUCUCGAGAUGUCUCCGGCACGUCCGCGGUCGGAGACGCGGCCGGCAGCGCCCACGAGACAGGGACGGACGUGCUGAUUCGCAGUCUCGAACUGCUGCUCAUCUGCCGGCGAAGCUGCCGCAGAGGCGGCACACGCUACAACGCUCGCGGCAUCGAUGAUGAUGGAAACGUGGCGAAUUUCGCGGAGAGUGAGCAGCGCGUUCGCUUGGCUGAGUACGUGGUGCCUGCGUUGUGCCCUGCGUCCGCGGGGAGUUCUAUCGCAGAGGAGUCCUGCGCCGCCCUCGCGGCGGUCGCCUCGCAGCCGAAGACUGACAAGCGCGGUCGCGGCGCGGACGCGCUGGGGCGGUGGGCGAGUCUCGUCCAGGUGCGUGGCUCGGUCCCCGUCUUUUGGGAGCAGACCGGCCUGACGGCGCAGACCACCGUCACGAGAAACACGAUUUUGACCGCGCACGCCUUCGCCAAGCACCAGAACUUCCUUUUUCGGCGCUACGGCCCGACCAUCGCGUACGUCGACCUCUUGAGCGGCAACCGCAGCACCGAGUCGCGCCUCGUCGCGGCGCUCAACAACCAAAUCUCCGCCUACGAGCAUGACCACCCCAGCGCCCCGCUCAUCAGCCACUACCACUACGACUUCCAUCAGCAGGUGAAGUCCAAGGCUUACGACGCAGCUCUGCGCGAGUUCGUGGAGGCGAACUUGUUGGAGCCGGCUGCGGCUAUCGGCUUUUUUCUCGAGCCUUCGCGGCAGUUCCGCAAGAAGCAGCUGUGGCGCCGCGCGCGCGCCGCGCGCGGUGGGGGAGAUAGCGCAGCGGCGCGCGAGUGUGGUGCCGAGACCGAGGAAGCCGACGCAGGACAUCGCCAGCAGGGCGUGCUGCGGACGAACUGCCUCGACUGCCUAGAUCGCACCAACGUCUUCCAGUGGUAUUUCUGUUGGUUUUGGAUCGUCCAGCAUCUCCGCGCGAACCACUUUGACACCUUCCUUCAACCCGUCAAGAGGCGAAACGUGCUGGUCUACUCUGCGGCUUCGCCGGCGUCUUCGCCGCCGCUCGCGGCCUCCGCGCUGUCGCCCGCGUCGUUCAGUCAAGUCCUUUUGUUCGUGGGGGGCGCGGGUCCCCCCGGGGCUUCGGCGCCCUUCUUCCGCGCGACUCGUCACGCCGCGCUGCGCAAGAAGACGACCCGCAGCGGCAGCGUGCGGAGACUCUCCUCGUCGGCCGCGUCGCAUCACGGGGGGCAGCAGGCGGCGGCCCCCGGCGCCGCCGCGGCCCCCGCCCUCGAGCUCGAGGCUGCGCAGCGCGCGCAGGCGACCGCGCCGCGACCGCGCACCGGCGCCGGCUCGCCGUGGCCUUUCAGCCCGCGGCGAGCGAGCGAGAAGAAGAAGGAAGAGCGCGGCGGCAGGGCGGCGGAGACGAACCCGAUGGAGUCGCUCGGCGAGGCGCAGCGGGAGCGGAAGGCCUCGGGCGGCGGACCCCGCGACGACCCAGGGCCCGCGGACGAGGACGUACAGAUUCUACGCGAAGAAGUCAGGAAAAUCUGGGCUGACCAGGGCGACAGCAUCAGCAUGCUCUACACGGGCACGGGGUCGGUAUUCACCUCCCACAUGAAGCAAGGUGGAAAGGCAACAUUUUCUAGCAACUUGGAUCACGCUUGGAAGGCCCUCGGCAGGUUCUAUCAGAACACGUUUGAAGACACGUACCGGCAAGAGGUCAUUGACGUCUUCCUCGGCCUCCAUCGACUGAGCUUCGCUGCGGCGGCGCAAGGCCCCUCGUCGUCCUCGCGGCUGCCACCGCGCGUCUGUCUCUCUCCGCCGCUGGGGCGGGCGAUGGAUUUAUCGUCCUCCGCCCUGCUCUCCAAGCGAGGAAACAGCGGCGCUUCCAAACUGUUUCUCGCGAAUCGCCGCACGACGAAUCAAGCCAUGAAAUUCUCUUCGUCCUUCUCGUCUUCGACCCGCGCCCUCGGCGACUCCGGCACUGCGCAGAAAGACGGCAGCCCCUUCGCUUGCGAGAUGACCGUUCCCCAGCGGAGCUUGCGGCCUGAUCACCGGGGCGACGCGGGCUCCCUCGACGGGGACGGAGAAGGGGCGGCCGCCGCCCAUCUCGGCGCGGGCCGCAAGGGCGACGCCUACGAGGGUCGGAGGCGCGGAGACAGCGGGGACUGGUGGUCGGCCUUCGAUGCGACCGCGGUCGGAGACGAGGGGACGAGGGCCUCUUCGCGGACGGAGGAGGGCGAGCACGAAAGGCAAUCGGGGCGUCACUGGUCGCAGAACGAGGAAGGCAAGUUCGUCGACAGCACGCGAGACGAGAAACGAGGCGAAGUUCCCCUCAGAAUUUGGAUAGGAACUUGGAACAUGGCAGGAAGAGACCUCCACGAGUGGGACGACAUUGAGCAGUGGCUCACGCCCGUCAAAGAGCAAGCCGACGUCUACGUCUUCUGCGUGCAGGAACUGGUCGAGCUGACGGGUUUUCGCGUGUUGAUGAACAUGAAGGACAGCGACAAGGAGGCGCGUUUGGAGCAGAAGGCGUCAUUCGCGGUGAACAGCGUGGCGCAUCAUUACCCGCAGCCGCCCUCGUCUGUAUUGCUGCAGGAGCGCCUGAGGCAGAACGUGUCUUCGCUCUCCUUCCCGACUUCGCCGUCCGAGGACUCGCCCUACGCCUCGCGCAGGUCUUCUUCGCGUCCCUCCUCGAAGUCGCCUUCGCCGCCGCCGUUCGGCCCUGGAGACCUCCAACACGCGCGCGCGCCGCGCCGGCGCAGCGCCGCGGAGGUUGACGAGGGAGGGUUUGCUUCGUUCUUCACUCGUCAGUGGACGGGAGCUGCCAGCGAGGGCGCGGCGAGUGCGAAGAGUCGGGCGCGGGCCGCGGUGGCGGAAGGCCUCCACCGCGGCGCCGACACGGUGCAGCCCAACGGGCUCGCAGGCCACGAGCGGAAGCCCAUGCCGACGUUCGUCAAAGUCCGCUCAUGCUCCAUGGUCGGGCUGAUGAUACUCGUCUUCGUCCGCACCGAGCUGCGCUACCUGCUCGCAGGUAUCGAGGUCUCUGCUGUCAAAGUUGGUAUGAAAGGCAACACCGGAAACAAGGGUGCGGUCUGCGUUCGCCUAAGCAUCGCCUCGAGUUCGUUCUGCUUUGUGGAUGUACACCUGGCUAGCGGACCCGGCAGCAGCCACGAGCGCAUGCAGCAAAUGUGCCAGAUUCUUCAGCAGGCCUUCCAGUCGGGUCCCUCCUACACGCCCGCGGUCCUUGACCACGACUUUGUCUUUGUCGCCGGCGACUUCAACUUCCGCCUCGUCGCGAACCACCAGGAAGUCCUCGACGCGAUGAACUUCCCGAAUGGCCUCCAAACGCUACUCAACUUCCAUCCGACGUACAAGUACAAGAAAAACUCGUCACACUACGAUCUGAAGCGCACGCCAGCAUGCGUGACGUUGGCCUUCAGGUGCGACAGAAUCCUUUAUUGCGGCCGCCGCAUUGUCGCUGGUGGCGCCGCCUCGUUCGGCGACAGCGCGGGAGAGCCCGAACCGGCGCACGCGUCCGCCUCCUCGGGCGCAUCCCUUCGGUCGGGCUCUUCGACCGCCUGUUCUUCGGCUGGCGCCGCCUCGUCUUCGCUCUCCGCGGCGGAGGCCUUCAGCGGCGCUGCGUCCUCCUCCGCGGCGUUGUGGGGGGAGUCUCGCGGCGAGGUUGCGGGCGGCGCGCAGGCGGCGCCGAUUCGCAUUCUGUCCUACACGGACCAUCCGCGGUACUUCUCCUCAGACCACAAACCUGUCUCCCUCGUCCUCACUGCGGCAAUCUGCAUUCCGAAUGUACCGCCGCUCCGCUCGCCCCCCCCUCAGAGUCUCUCCGAGGACAGCGAAACGGCCGCGACUUCCUUGACGCUGGGAGCCUCCGCCCCAUCGGGGGCCUGCGGGCGCGACGCGGGCCUCGCACGGCCGCUGUCCCGCGUGCCGGUCCGCGGCUCUGAGGAUGUCGCGGCGCGGGGCGGAGACACUGAGGACGAGGUCGACUUCCCUCCCAACGGAGAAGGCGCGCGCGAGGCGGAGACGCACGGCGUCCCCACGGUCUUCUUCGAAGACCUGGACAGCCGCGACGAGACCGAGAGGCCGUGCGCCGAGCGAGCGGACGACGGAUUCAUCGACCUGCUGGCGACCGUGAGGGAGGACGACGGGGCGCGAAGCGGAGCGCGAAAGCAGAAAGGAACCGAAGGCCACGUCGAGGUGGGGGGGGGGCGAGGCAGAUUCUACGGAGCGACCUUUCUGAGUGAUGAGGAGGACGGCGACGAAGUCCCGACCGACCAAACAGACGAUGAAGACGAGCUGCGCAUGCGUGCACCGACGGGAGGCACGGGGCCAAAGCGCCUGGAGGGAGACUGGCACGACAGCGACGCACCUGGCACGCCUGCGGCCUUCCUGUCCAGCCCCCUGCCGACUGUCGACCUCCUGAGCGACACACUGCCGGGAGACAGGUCCGCAGUGUUUUCGGUAGCUAACCUGGCUGGGAACAAGCCGCCGCAGGCUUCGCGGGAGAUGGAAUUCGUGGAUUUGCUGGGCACGCCUGUUGCAGCCGCGGCGAUCGGCAGCGCCGCAUGCCCCGCCGCGCCUUCGUCUUCGUCUGGCGACGAGCGACGGUGGGAGCGGUGCGCGCAUCCGACGCUCGGCAUGGCGAGCUCUUCGGGAGCGUUGGGCUCCAACCCCGGAGACAGUCCGACGGCCGCGUCCCCGGACGGAGACGGCUUCUUUGGAGCCCCGGCCCGCUCGGCCAAGCAGGCUCACCACGAGGCGCGUCGCGCCCCCCACGCGGUCGAUCUGCUCCGCGGCGCCUCCGCGGACAGCGGGCACGCAGAGGGCGACAGCCCGCAGGGUAGAGGCCACGAGCUCGACGCCGAGUGGCUUCUGGGCGCUUCGGAGGACGCAGGCAGUCGUGGCGGCUUGCCCCGAGUCGGCGGAGAAAGGCGCGGACUCUCGCAAGUCGCGGGCACGCGGCCAUCGAACCCAGGCCUUCCGUGGACGCUCCUUUCUUUUGAUGAACUGAAGGACAACGCGUCGCUCGCGCCAACCAGCGGGCGGUUCCCCUCUUCGUCGCAAGCGCGAGAACAAGAAAAACACGACGACGUGUUUGAUCUUCUCUCUUAA